CGAUUACAGCGCCAUCUGCUCCUCCUCUGGAGAUUGAAACCGCUGUUUGUCGAAUUCGAAAUAAAUUUUAAUAGUGGUGUGGAUAAUUGUCUUAUAUAAUUGCCAAGAAUAACUCCUUUGUACUAUCUUGGUCACAAAUUAAAUAGCACGAAAUGGCAACAACUUCCGUGAACAAUGUGGAGAAAAUCGUAAUAAAUCAAUUGGAAGGUGAAAUACAGAUACCUAAAGAACUUGACUUUGUCUGUUCCGAUGAAUCUCUUUUAAGAGAUCAAUUGAAGAUCUUACAGAUGUUAUUUAGAAAAGAAAAAGACAAAGAAGCCAGUUCAAUCAAAGUGUUAAAUUCCAGAGUAAAUAAUAUGAGUUCCAGCAAAGAUAAGUCUACUUCUAAAACAUUAAAAGAUAAAGUGGAAAAACAUAAACAAAUAAUGGCUCAAAGAAGAGAAGACAAGUUGAAAGUUAUGGAUGAAGAAGCAGAGGCACUUUUUAAAUCUUCUAAUGAAAAAAGUGAUGUAGAUCAGAAUAAAGAUUCUAAAAUGAAAGAAGAAUUAGGUAAUUUUAAUGUAAAGGAAAAGACAGAUAGUAGUGAUUUUGCUAAUGGCGAAAGAAAACAGAAAAGAUCAAAAUUAAGUCAUAGCAAAUACGAGAAAGUUGAAGAUUGCACUCAAGAUACAAAUAAAAGCUCAGAACAUGCAGAAAGUUCAAGUUUUUCAAAAGGCACAUCUUUGAUAGAUUCUUAUGAAUCGUGCAAUACUGCAAAAUCUAGGAAGGAAGUGAGGGAUCGAGCGAUUAAAAUGAUGAAAAAGCAAGGAUUUCAAGUAUCAGUGGUUCAACCGGGCAAUUUUAGUUUGAAGUAUGCUCUAUCAGCGCCAUAUCAUUUAUUUUUUACAAGAAUUGAAAAAUCAAAAGAAACAUAUGAUCAACCAACUUCCAUAACGUUUCCUGAAAUCUUGGACAUUAGUUUAGGAGAAAUUGACAAAAGCUUGCAUAUUAAUUUUGUAGUUGACGUUGGAUGGCUGUGCCUUCAGUAUUUAUUGGCUGGACAACGCACAGAUAUGUUUAUUUUAUUUGGAGAUAGAGUGGACGAGGAAAAAUUAAGUUUGAAUAUUACUAUGAUACCUAUAUUCAUGCCAACAAAGUUUGGUUGUCAUCAUACUAAAGUUAUGAUUCUGAAGUACAAAGAUAAUGGAAUACGGGUGGUAGUAUCCACUGCAAAUUUAUACUCGGAUGAUUGGGAGAAUAGAACACAAGGAGUUUGGAUUUCACCACAUCUCCCGCCAUUACCAGAAUCUGCAAAUCCCGGCGAUGGAGAAUCACCAACAGGCUUCAAGAAGGAUUUAGAACGUUAUUUAAACAAAUAUAGAGUGCCAGUUUUAACAGAAUGGAUUUCCGUUGUAAGAAGAGCAGAUUUUUCUUCAGUAAAUGUAUUCUUUUUGGCGUCUGUCCCUGGAAGACACACAGAUGUUGAAUAUGACUUUUGGGGACAUAGGAAACUGGGUUUCAUUCUUUCAAAAUAUGCCAAGUUGCCUCCUGAUGCACCACAGUGGACGUUAGUUGCUCAAAGUUCGAGCAUUGGUAGCUUAGGACCCAACUAUGAAAGUUGGUUACUGAAAGAUAUAACAUCCUCAAUGUCAAAGGAAAAUCCUAUUGGUUUGAAAAGUCUUCCAAACUUACAAUUCAUUUAUCCAUCUUUGGAAAAUUAUAAACGUAGUUUUGAUUGCCGAGUUGGAUCGUCUUGUUUAAAUUACAGUCUUCAAUUACAUUCUAAACAAGAAUGGAUAAUCCAAUGGAAAGCUACACGAACCGCUAGGGAUAAAGCAAUACCUCAUAUAAAAAGUUACACAAGAAUUUCGCCCGAUUACAAAAAGAUUCCUUGGUUCGUACUUACCAGUGCUAAUUUGAGCAAAGCUGCAUGGGGAAUGGACGGAAAGAGUUUUUAUAUUAUGAAUUACGAAGCAGGCGUUAUUGGUUCAACUACAUUUCCUAUCAAAGAAGAAGAAGACGGUGUUCCAGUUUUUCCUAUUCCCUACGAUCUGCCGUUAACUCGAUAUACAAGUGAAGAUCAACCAUUUGUUGCAGACUUUUUUUCUAUGUAGCAAGCAAUGGCUGAACAUCGAAGAAUAUUCUAGCGUGAAAAUGGUAGCUUUUUAUUUUUUUCUAUAUUUCUUGCAAAAUAGAAUACCAAAUGAAUCUCUUUAUUUUUUAAAAAUAAACAACUUAUCAAUUGAUUCUAUACGUGUAUAUAUU